AUGAGUGGACAGUACUUUCAAGAAGAGGAGGGCCAUAAUGUUACCUUGAAUGUGUACGACUUGAGCCAAGGACUUGCUCGGCAGCUUUCAACGACCUUGUUAGGGAAGGCUAUUGAGGGAAUAUGGCACACUGGAGUUGUGGUUUAUGAUAAGGAAUACUAUUUUGGUGGAGGAAUCCAACAUGCUCCUGUUGGGACAACACCAUACGGGAAACCGAUUAGAGUAAUCAAUUUAGGAGUCACUCAUGUGCCUGAGGAUGUGUUUGAGAUGUAUUUGCAGGAGAUUAGUCCUCGUUACACGGCUGAGACCUACAGUUUGCUCACCCACAAUUGCAACAACUUCAGCAAUGAGGUUGCCCAAUUUCUAGUCGGUUCCGGUAUUCCGGACUAUAUCUUGCAGCUGCCUAAUGAAGUUAUGAGCAGUCCCAUGGGUGCACUUUUAAUGCCCAUGAUACAGAAUUUGGAGACAACCUUGAGAGCUGGUGCUGUUCCUCAAGUUCCCCAAUUUACCCCUUCUGUAUCUGGUCAGUCAUCUCGGUCCACAACUGCCAACGUGAACGGGCCAUCCAAUACCACACAGAAAAAAGAGGUUGAGAAUAAAGUGAAGGCUGGGGAGAAGCCGAAAUCCGAGGAAGUCAAGCCAACACCACCUUCUAAACCGACUGGAGCUGGCGGAGCUGCAGCAGACCCUCUUGGAGAUGCACGAGCCAAGGUCCAAGAGGAGAUAACACGUGAAUUUGCCGCCAUUAUGGCGACCGGAACAUUGCGAGCUAGUGAGGCAGCAGCACUGGCGACUAGAAAAGUGAUGCAGAAAUACGGGCAUUUGAAUGUUGCCUUGCCACAGAGUUAGAAGCAGGAAAGAU